CUCUCUCCACCUGUUGUCUCACGUGCCGCCGGUGCCACCCCGCGCCUUCUUUACACAAGAGUUUCACAUUCAACGCAACUCAUCACUCCCUCCCCUCUCCUCAAAAUUCAGCUACAAAUUCGCCCCUUGACCUCCCCAGAUCUAAUUCCUCUGCCUUCCUAGAUCUUGCCCAAAACCCAGAAACCGCAAGAAAAAUCUGCAAUGGCAACGACAGAUAUCUCAAAAUCAUCCCCGCCGUUGAAAGAUGAGUUAGACAUAGUAAUCCCCACCAUCAGAAACCUCGAUUUCCUCGAAAUGUGGAGGCCAUUUUUCCAGCCAUACCAUCUGAUCAUUGUACAAGACGGAGAUCCCUCAAAAACCAUCAAAGUUCCCGAGGGUUUCGAUUAUGAACUCUAUAACCGAAAUGAUAUUAACAAAAUUCUGGGCCCCAAGGCCUCCUGCAUUUCCUUCAAGGAUUCUGCUUGCCGUUGCUUUGGGUACAUGGUCUCCAAGAAGAAGUACAUCUUCACUAUUGAUGAUGAUUGCUUUGUUGCAAAAGAUCCAACCGGCAAGGAAAUUAAUGCUCUCGAGCAGCACAUUAAAAACCUUCUGACCCCUUCGACGCCAUUUUUCUUCAAUACCCUUUAUGAUCCCUACAGAGAAGGUGCAGAUUUUGUCCGUGGAUACCCAUUUAGUCUUCGUGAAGGUGCACCAACAGCAGUGUCGCAUGGACUUUGGCUUAACAUCCCAGAUUACGAUGCACCAACCCAGCUCGUUAAGCCUCGUGAGAGGAACACGAGGUUUGUUGAUGCAGUUAUGACUAUUCCAAAGGGAACCCUGUUCCCAAUGUGUGGCAUGAACCUUGCUUUCGACCGGGAACUAAUUGGCCCAGCCAUGUACUUUGGGCUCAUGGGUGAUGGCCAGCCGAUUGGGCGCUAUGACGACAUGUGGGCUGGCUGGUGCACCAAGGUGAUCUGUGACCACUUGGGAUUAGGAAUCAAGACAGGCCUGCCAUACAUUUGGCACAGCAAAGCCAGCAAUCCAUUUGUGAAUCUUAAGAAGGAAUACAAAGGUAUCUACUGGCAAGAAGAACUGAUUCCAUUUUUCCAAUCUGCAACUCUUUCCAAGGAUGCCAACACCGUUCAAAAAUGUUACCUUGAACUCUCCAAACAAGUCAAGGCAAAACUUGGCAAGGUUGACGAUUACUUCAACAAGCUUGCCGAUGCAAUGGUGACCUGGAUCGAAGCUUGGGAUGAGAUGAACCCAUCGGCUGCAAGCUCGAGUGGAGUACCCAGUGGCUCUGCCAAAUAGACGAAUACAACUGCUAGUGUUGCUGUUCUCUUUUUGACAGAUAAAUUAGGUAUCCAUUCCUGAGAUUAUUAGCUUGUUUUCUGAGGAUCAGAACUUGAAUUAUUAUUUAUAUAUUGUUUUGUUUUGUUGCACUGGGAAUCAUUUAUUGGUAAUCGACUUCAAAAGUGGUAGCAUUUUUUUCAAGAGAUGUUAAGUUGAUU